AUUUAUACCGAUGAAUGUGGAUACCUAACAUCAAAAAACUAUAUAGUAUGUCCUGUUCAUCAUCUGACAAUGAAAACCAUGAAGGUAGCGGAAAUAAGUCUACAUUCUCAAAUGACGAAUUUGACACUGGUGCUAUUUCCAAGAAAGGAAUAUUAUCUAGUAUGUCCUGUUCAUCAUCUGACAAUGAAAAUUAUGAAGGUAGCGAUUUUGUCGGGAACAAGUGUACAUUCUCAAAUGACGAAUUUGACGCUGAUGCUAUUCCCAGGAAAGGGAUAUCAUAUUUGAUCUCUUGUAAAUCAUUUGACAGUGCAGACUUCAGUAGUGAUUAUGACGAAACAUUUUGCUCUAAUGAUGGUGGUUUGAAACAAUCGACUAAAAGAUGGUCUUGUUACAUCACAAACGAGUGUACACUGUACCGAAAUAUCUUGCAGCGUAUACGUCAUCUAGAAGAACAGUUCAAAUGUAGUUUAUCAUUAGAAAUCCAACAUCCGUCUAUACAAUAUGUAGCCCAGUGUGUGAAUUGGGAUAAAAGUAUUCACGUUGUUUUGGUUUGCGGAAGUGCUGAAACACUUUUAACAGAUUCUGUUGUUUGCGUAUCAGAUCCGAAGAGAAAAAGGCAUGCUGAUCUAACAAUAGUUGAUCGACAUAUCGACAGUAUAGAUAAUGAAUCUCCUAAGAAACUGUAUUGGAGUUUACCCUACUUAGAGAUGCCACAUCAAGACAAAGUUAUACUUCAUUUACGUGGAAUGCUUACCAAAGUAGAGGACGAAAAGCUUAAAAGCAUCGCAAUACCAUUGAAAAUGUGUGACAGCCUACCUGAAGUUACGUUAUUACAACAUUUUAAUGCAGCUUUUUAUCACUAUGAACUAAAAUAUUUGAAAGUUAUUUAUUUGUGCUUUGAGAACAUCCAGACAACACAAACGUUAACUACGAUGUUUAAAAGAGGAAACAAGUCACUAAACUUUUACGAUUUUAGUAAAGUACCCACCUAUAGAGAUAAAUCUUUAAAGGACGAAGAAAAUCAUUCAGAUAUAACUUUCAAAUGGAUACGUGGAAACAUUAUUUACGAAAAGACUGAUAUCAUAGUAAACAGUACAAACAAAGAGCUGCAGCUUGACAAAGGAGCCGUAUCAUCGUUGAUAUUGAAGAAAGUUGGAAAAUCUCUGUUUGAGGAAUGUCGCGAGCUAUAUCCAAAUGGCAUUGACUAUGGCAGCUUGGCGAUAACGUCUGGAGGAAAAUUCUGGAAAUAUAUAUAUCAUUUUGCUCUACCAUUAUGGACAGCUUAUGCUGAAUUUUCAAAGAAGAUUUUGGAACAAGCAGUUUACAACUGCCUCAUACAAGCGGAAAAAGACAAAUGCAAGAGUAUAGCAUUCCCUGUUUUGGGAACUGGCAAGCUGCAAUACCCUUGGGGUGACGUAGCUCGGACAAUGCGAAAUGCUUUUUGGAAAUUUAAGCUUCAUUAUAGGCACGCUAAUUUGAAAGAAAUAAGAGUCGUAUUGCAUCCAGAUGAUAAGAGGUCAAUUGAGGCAUUUGAAACAUGGAUAGGAAAACAGUCAGAAUUAGAACUAUUUUCUGAGGAGUUAUUGCAUCAGACGAAAUCCAUAUUAGAAUUGAGAUGUAAUGAUACGAAAAUCAUAAUUUUACAUUUACCAAGCACUCGGUUUCAUCAAAGCGACGCUCUGAUAACAAUUUCAACCCCGGAAGAUGCUAGUUCAGUGUUGAAGGAAAGUAAGGACGGGAUGAUAAAGGAUAAACAUGGCUGUACUUUCUGGUCAAUACAAAUUUGCUCAAAUAACACCAAUUAUAAAAGGAACAUGGCGAAAGUCCUUGAAUUCAUUUUGGAGGAAAGACUGUCAACAAUUACAAUUUCUUUACUUGAAAAUGAUGAUACAUUACCAUUAAGAACGCAAGCAAAGAUUAUUCGAAACCUGAUGCUGGAAAUUGAAAAGAAUCGAUAUCUUCAAUUAGUGAAGUUAAUUGUUCUUGACAGAAACAAUUUUGUUUCGCUCUUAUCAGAAACAGAAAAAAGGAAGCAUGACAGGAGAAGUAGUUGGAUACCGGUUACAGAUGUGUUUGGUUCAUCAAAACCUAAAUUUAAAGCUGUUUCAUACACGGAAACAAGUCAAUUACCAAAACUGAUCAUUUCAGCACAGUUGGAAGAUGUUAAUGUAGUCAGCGACUUAGAGGACAAGCUGAAAGUAGCAGUAAACGAAGCAUUUGUAUAAAAUCUGAAUUACGAUAAAUAAAUUAUUCAUAUAGUCAGAA